CACGAAGUAGCUCACCAUUCGUUGCCUCUCAGCAUCCUUCCUUCUUGUUCCCUCUGCCAACUUUGCUAAGAACCAAAACCCAGAAAGAUGUCUAGUAGUGAAGCAGCAGCCUGUGAGCCAGAGAUGAACAACAAGGCGACUGUGGAGGCUCUCUACGAAGCCUUGGCUCUAGGGGACGCCGAGACGGCGAGCAACCUCCUGGCCUCAGACCUGGAAUGGUGGUUUCACGGGCCACCGAGCUGCCAAUACAUGAUGCGCAUCCUCACCGGGCAGUCGACCCACCGGGAGUUCACGUUCCUGCCGCAGAACGUGACGGCCAUCGGCGCCAAGGUCUUCGUCGAGGGGUGGGAGGGCGACUCCGUCUACUGGGUGCACGUCUGGACCGUCAAGGACGGCACCAUCACCCAGGUGCGCGAGUACUUCAACACCUGGAUCACCGUCCAGGACCUCCGGCCCCUCACUUUGAGGUCCGGCCGCCCCGCCGGACCGACCCUCUGGAAGAGCGACCACGCCGGUCACUGCAGUCGCUCCCUCCCCGGCCUCCUCGUCGCCAUUUAACCUCCUUUUUUAUAACUUCUUUCCUUUCAGACAUUGACGCAGAGCAUACGCAAAGUUACGAACUCAACUCACAGUCUGAAGAUUACGUUGUUUGUGAGCCCCAAUAUAAGCCAAAACCCUGUACCUAGUUUCGCCAUUGACCGUGUAAAACACUGUAUCGUUCUAGAAAUCAAUGACAUUGUAGAUUGUCCAGUCUGCAAUUCCAUCUCUGUUACUCUCUC